GGAUCGGGUCAACCAAUCUAUAUUAACCUCAUUAGUUAUAAACUUAGCUUUCAGGCGCAGUACUUUUCGCAACUUCAUACCGACGCAUAUUCCGUUGAUGCCACGCAGAGGUGAGUCCAGUUGUAAGAGUCAGCAGCUGAAGAAGAAAAUGCUGCCCCAUGUUUUUGUAUGGCUCUGCUUUGGGGCGGUUUUUGAGGUCGGAGCACAAAUUGAUGAUUGGGUUCCUGCUGCUCGUUCUGCUGCCUUCAACCCCAAAUUAGUCGGAGCACAAAUUGAUGAUUGGGUUCCUGCUGCUCGUUCUGCUGCCUUCAACCCCAAAUUAGUAGGAGGAUACAUUCAUGAUUGGGUUCCUGCUGCUCGUUCUGCUGCCUUCAACCCCAAAUUAGUAGGAGGAUACAUUCAUGAUUGGGUUCCUGCUGCUCGUUCUGCUGCCUUCAACCCCAAAUUAGUCGGAGCACAAAUUGAUGAUUGGGUUCCUGCUGCUCGUUCUGUUGCCUUCAACCCCAUAUUAACUUACUCUACACCAACGAUCACCUAUCCGAAACGGGCUUCAGCUAGAUCAGCGGCCCUCCACAACCACCUGGCUUCAGCUCGAUCAGCGGCCCUCAACAACCACCUGGCUUCAGAUCCAUCAGCGGCCCUCCGCUACAGCUUGUAUUCCCCUCCACCAUCGAUCACCAUUCCCGAACCGGAAUUACCUCCAUGGUGGAACUUCAUUCCCAAACGGGCUUCAGCUAGAUCAGCGGCCCCCCACAACCACCUGAGUAAAUUGUUUAUUCCUCACGAAGAGAUCUUGAAAGCAUUCCACCCUGCAUUAAGUAGUCCUGGACCUAUCCAUGCUCAUGCAGGCCAACUCCGAGACGUCCUCAGGGGAGCUAUGCCGGUGUCUAUAUUACCCAUGCAACACCCACACCCAAGACACUUCGAAGAUUCUAGUGAAGAAGAUCUAAGUCACGAAAACUUCAACAAACACAACCCAUUGAAACUGCUUCGCAGAUUCUUUGCACCCUUGAGUCUCCCAGGACACCUUCAUGCCUCAAGUGAAGAAGAUGCAGGUCCCAUAAACUUAAGAAAAUAUAACGCCUUCAAGCCAAUGGUGAAAUAUCACGAUUCCAAACGAUACUUUGGGCGGCGGUCUCCAUUUUAUCUAAAGCCCAGCGACAAACUAUUUACUUGGCCCUGAAACGGUUCAUGGAAAAAAUCUACUAGCAGGAGGAAUGUCCGCGAAUUUUCGCACUAUGUAUAACAUUCUUCACUAUGCAGUUGAUUACACUGCAGACAAGCAGUGUUUUAUUUGAAAAAAAAUUUUCUUGAAAUUAAAGUACCCCAGCA